AUGGCCACUCAACCAAAGCCGCAACCUGAGGUCGUGGAACUAGCCACUGUGACUGUAUCAUCCAGAAUCCCUGAAUUUUGGAGCGACCAGCCUCGCCUUUGGUUUGUGCAGUGUGAGGCAGUCCUAGGCCCACAGAAACUUAGCGACGAAGCACGUUUCAACCUCGUUGUUACAAAACUCGGGAAGGAAGUAGUGCAACAAGUCAGUGACAUUCUGUUGAAACCACCUGAAACAAAAAAGUUCGAAGCGCUGAAGACCCGUCUUUUGUCUGUGUAUGAGGAGUCUGAAACACGGCAAUUCCAGAAGCUUCUCGGUGAGAUGGAGUUAGGCGACCAGAAGCCUUCGCAGCUUUUGCGCCGCAUGAAAGAUCUCGCGCGUGACAAAGUUCCGGAUGAGACGCUGCGUUUGAUGUGGCAAGGUCAUCUUCCAUCACCAGUCAGAGCCGUACUCGCUGUCACCGAGGUCACAAAUUUGGAUAAUCUCGCCGUGAUUGCCGAUAAGGUAAUAGAAACUUCAAAACCGCUGCAAGUAUCGGAAGUUCAAACUGCGUCCAAUACGAACAAUGACCAAUCUUAUAUUAUAGCUGAAUUAGCUAAACUCAGCAUGAAGAUCAGGGACAUGGAGAGAGGCAGAAAUAGAGUUCGAAAUUUUAAUAGACCAUUUAAUCGGAGACAGUCUCGAUCAAUGUCACGCGGACGUAACCUGAGCCGUCGUACACCUGACUCGCCGGAUUGGUUGUGUUAUUAUCAUUUUAAAUUUCAUAAUCGAGCAAGGAAAUGCGUAGAGCCGUGCGCAUGGAAAAAGAAUGAACAAAACAAGGGAAACUGA